UUUACAGUUUACAGUGGUAUACAGUAGUGCUAUACUGUGUGUGUGUAUAUAGGUUUAUUUUUCUGUAUAGAACUGCUCUUUGUAUGCCUACCAUCUGUUUUUAAUCUUUAAUACUACAUACAUUUGAAAAGAAGUAAAACUAAAUGUUCUAAUACCCCUAUUAUAAUAAUCUGUGGCCUCUCCUCUUUAACUCGCUCAACAGGUUUUCAGUGGCAGGAGACCGGGAUGCCAUUCCACAGUCUUGAUUUUAUGAGUAGUGAAAUAUUUGUGUGGCUCACAAUGGACGCUUUGGAUCCUAGGAAUUGUGCAAACAGCUGAAGUUGCAAUAAUACAAAGUACUUGUAGAAUCUGUAAGUGGUCAUAACUUAAAAGACUAGAAAAUAACGCAGGUUUACACAAGUGGUGUAACUGGUUAAAAAAAAAAAACCCCAGCAACAAAUAAGUGCAUAAAGUUCUAUUUCAGAAAACCAAGAGCAGUACAAAAAGUAAGUGCAAAGAAAUGCAAUGAAGUGUUAUUCUGUAUAUAUUCUGAAAAGGUACUAUAGGCUUUUAGCCUUUUAUGGAAAGAUUGGUAAGUUUAGGCUCAUUUGGAAGCUUAUUCAACUAUUGAGGAGCCAAGACGCUGAAAGAGUGAUAUCUUGCUUAACAUCUAUGCUUGGAUCUCAGAGAAGAACAUACUAGCCACCUUGAAUUUGAAGACCUGAAGCCAGUAGAAUUACCUGAGUAAGUGUAAAUGAGAGUACUUUAAGAGUUUAUAAUCUAGGCAAGCAGCAACCUUCUGAAUGCUCUGUAGAUUAAAUCUCGUAUUUAAAAAAAGGGAAAUCAGCAAAUGGAGUUGCAGUAGAAUUAUAUCUGGAAAUAACUAAUGCUGUUUAUUACAAGGUUAACUUUUUAUUCUCAUUUCAUUUGUAUGUUCUCUAAGUUUCUCCAGGGUGGCUUGAAUGUAUGCCAACAAUGUGCCAUGGGUCACACUGUGUCAUACAGUAUUUGGCCAAAAGUAUACAGACAUCUGACCAUCACACCCACAUGUGGGUUUUCCCACUAAAUUUUAAGAACACAAUUGUAAAGGACAUCUUUGUAUGCUGUAGCAUUACAAAUUUAAAACCUUGAAUAUAAUGUUAAAAAGCAAAUAAGGGUAUGACGGUAAGGUGUCCACAUAAUUUUGGCCAUAUGGUGCUUGGGUUACUAUCUGUGUAGUGUUUCUGUGCAUAUGCUUCCUGCAUUCAUGUGGGUUUCCUCCAACAUCUCCAGUUUCCUCUCAUCUCCCAAAAACAGUAAGUGUAUUGGCUAAGAUAAAUUGCAACUGUGUGUGUAAGAAUGUGAACAUGGUUCCUGUCAAUGGUAACACUUCAAGAUUUUACGAGUGUAUUGUUGUAUCGUUCCAAUUUAUAGACUGUUGUCCCAUCCACUGUUGUGUAUUCCUGCCUCAUGCCCAAUAUUUCUGGGAUAGGAUCUGGAUCCUUUGUGACUCUGACCAUGGUAAAGCUGUUACUAAGUGAAUAAGGUCAUUGAUCUUUGUGCAUUGGCAUGGAACACAAAGCAGCCAUGCCUUAAAUGUACAACAUUCAUGUAGCAUUUUAUUGGGUUACAUAAAUGUAGUGUGAGGCUGUGGUCUUGUGUAACAAGUUGUCUGUUGGUGAUUUUGCAACCUCUGUUCCUCUUGAGACAGAUUAAAGGAACUAAAAUGACAGUGUAUUUAGCCCAAGGAGAUCAUACACCAGUAAAGUUCUACAGAGUUUAUUGUUUGUCAAUCUAAUACACUUGCUUCAACUCAUCAGAUAGUUACCAAGACCUUCGUUGGCUGAAUGUGGUAUGAUAUGGCGAAAACACAAAUCUCUGGAGUUCACUUGUCCCUACAUUUUGUCACCUUCAUUUUAGCUGUCAUUCUGUUACUUUUAAGUUAACUUGGCCAUGUGGUUUGUCCGCCUUCUGUAUGGCUGUCUACAGAAUUAAUAGUCUUUGGCACACAUGUUUUAUGGCCCUAGAUAUCCAUGGUUUGAUACCAGCCAACACUGGAGGAAAAAAGUGUAUGUGUGGGCAAGCACUGGGUCAUCACUCAUUUACUAUCUGUGAUGGAUUCAAACACCACUCAUCCUAAAUAGCUGAGCUUGUGACUCCUAGAAAUUAAAAUUAUGUUGAAAAUGUUUCAAAUUUAGAAAGUAGGUAGCUAUUGGAGUUCAUGAAACCAGCACUGUAUGCUCCCCUAGCUACAAUGUUAUGAGAGUUAAAUAUUGAACAAGACAGUAAUCUUCACAUUUUAUUUCACAUGCCAACUCUUUUGAACCUUCACUCAUUCAGUCUUUAGAUUUGCCUAGCAGAUCAGUUGCCUUAUUUGUAUUCUUUAAAUGUGUCUCUUUUGUCUUCACAGGCUGAAGGUUUAUUCUUGCCCUUACUUGUUAUGUGUGCAGGACUAUACACCUUGUACACACAAAUCUUUAUAAUUUGUGUAUAAUUGUGUAUAAUUGUGUAUAACUGUGUAUAAUUUAUAAUGCUUCAUGUACAGUAUAAUGCUUCAUACAUUUAAUUCAAUUUUAGUAAGAAUAUUCUUGCCUCUUAUUGCCACUAGAUGUCAGGCCUCACUUUGUACAGAAAUGCUCAGUAUUCACUGUCUAAUAAUAAAGAAUGUACAAUGAACUAUUUACUUACACCUGGAGCAGAGUCACGUAAAUACUCUCCUAAAUUAUCUUCGGCAUAUUGUUACCUGUAAUAGUGCAAUUAACCAAUUAUAAUGAAUGCUUCUACAACAAGGCUGAUGCUUAUGGAAAUCAUACUCUUGAAUUUGUGGUAGAGGGAAUCAUAAUGUGUGUUUCCUGUAUAUUUUUCAUUGAGUAUGUUUAUAAUUUUGCAAACUCAAAAUGAUUUAGUGUCAGGAACUUUGAUUCUUGCAUUUUGGUGAUGUUUAUGUAAAUAUAUUGUGCAAAUACAUUAUUUAGCCUAUAUUGACAUCUUGAUUAAAUAACUUCGGAGGGUGACUCUUCUUCUACUACAUUACUAUGUAAAGGGCAGGUUAAGGACUGAUCACAUAAGACUGGGUGCAUGGAGUAGCUCACAAUUUGCUCUCUUCACCCCUCCCUUCUCUUUCUUGUUCAUAUCCUCAAGCAGGGAAGAUGCUUCUAAAGCUGCUGUUCUGUAUGGACACUGUGUCUUUUCAGGACGUUCUCCUAAAUCUUGUGUAUCCUCUUAGUUGUAACCAGUAAGUGUCCAUGCCAGAAGACUGCUAUUGAGCUGGAAUCUUCUGUCCACAGCACUUGGAUUAAGCCCCUUCACAGCCGUUUACAUUCAGCUUUGCCCUUCAGCUCCAGAGAAAUACUAUUUAAAAGCAUGGAAGUGGACUAGCACAGAGACUUUGGGAGUUCAGUGCUCAUUGCACAUUGUGAGAGAACAGGUGGCUGUUGUCCCAAAGGAUGAAAUUCUUCAGGAGCUUCCGGACAGAAAGCAGCUGGAGAAUAAUGGCUAUGGUGAGAUCCUCACUCCAGAAAGUGAUGCUCUUUCUGCACAGAGUGCAAACCGUGACUUUCACAUCACCAGGAUAUCAGAAACUGUGCAAGGAUAUACAGCCAGAGAUCGAUACCAAUUGUGGUUCCUCCAGAAGGAGAUCCAGGGACCAGUCACAGGGUUUCCAAGGAAUUAGCCCUGAUGAAAAUAACUACACUCAUGGAAAUUCUAUCUUUCCUAACAGGGACUGUGUGGAGCUUCACAGUGAGAGUGGAGCAAAACUGAUGACUCUACAGGAGGAACUUUGGUUCUGGGCAAAGCUUAAAGAUGAAGAACUGACCAGGCAGAGUACCACUGGAGAUGAUAUUAAUAAUCUACCGCAGCAGCAAGACUACUGUAUGACUGUGCAGAGGCAGUUCAGCCCUCGAAGGCAGGAUUCUGAGUGCCCUCUGAAGCAGGUAUAUCUGUUGCCUCUGCAGCAUGUGGACACUGUGAGUGAAAGCAACGUGAAAGAAUCAGCAGAGUUUGCUCUGCGGGAGAGGAGCAUGUGGCUGGCUCAGGCUGUGCUGGAUGAAGCCAUGGAAGUCCAGCAUCACUGGGAUCGGUUCUGCUUUAGCACAGCCAGUUUGCAGCAGCAGGUCAGCUGGGUACUGAGAAAACUGCAGGACCUCCAGGAUGCCAUGCAUCAGCUAGACUUGGGCUUGGCAGAGAUGGAGAAUAAAUGGGAGGGAUGGUGCUCAGAAGGACAAACUCUGGUCAGCUAUAUGCCAGAUGGUUUUGAGGAGAGUGCAUCAGCGAUGAAUCAGCACAGACAGUUUGUAGAUGCUCAAGUUGAUAGCAGACUGUUGUCUCAAGACUUCUUAUCUGUGUCUGUUCAGUACCCAUGGCAGAGGGCAAUAUUUCAUAACAGUGUUCCAUAUUACAUCAAUCAUCAAAUGCAAACUACGUCAUGGGAUCAUCCAAUGAUGACUCAGCUGUUUCAGUCAAUGACUGAGCUCCGACAUGUACGAUUUUCAGCCUACCGCACAGCUUUGAAGAGCCGCAGAGUUCAGAAAGCCUUGUGCUUGGACCUGUUGGAUUUGGCCAUGGCUCAUGGUGUCUUUGAACAACAUCAGCUGACUGAUAAUGAGCAAGUUUUGGAGGUUCCAGCCAUCAUUACCUGCCUAUUCACAAUAUACACUGAACUUCAGCAGGUGUAUCCAGAUCUCAUUGAUAUCCCCCUGUGUGUGGACCUGUGUCUUAACUGGCUUCUAAAUGUUUAUGACCGGGAUCGAAGUGGGAAAGUUCAAAUUCUGUCCAUGAAGAUUGGGCUUCUUUCUCUUUCAAAAGGACACCUUGGAGAGAAGUAUAAAUAUCUGUUCACUCAGGUGGCCAGCUCUGCAGGAGUGUGUAACCCAAAACAACUGGCACUGCUGCUACACACCACUAUCCAGAUCCCAUACCAGCUGGGUGAGGCUGCUGCUUUUGGAGGGAGUAAUGUGGAACCAAGUAUCCACAGUUGUUUUCAGCAUGUGGGUGACAAAGACACAGUUGAGCUGGAGGAGUUUGUGGAGUGGAUGCAUCUGGAGCCUCAGUCUAUGGUCUGGCUGCCGGUGCUGCACAGAUUGGCUGCAGCGGAGACUGCCAAGCACAAGGCCAAGUGUAAUAUCUGCAAAGAGUUCCCCAUGGUGGGAUUUAGGUAUCGCAGUCUGAAGCGUUUCAACUAUGAUGUGUGUCAAAGAUGUUUUUUCACUGGAAGAACUACCAGAAGUCACAAAUUAACCUAUCCUAUGGUGGAAUACUGCACCCCUACCACCUCAGGGGAAGAUGUGCGUGAUUUCACCAAGGUGCUGAAAAACAAGUUUCGCUCUAAGAAAUACUUCAGUAAACACCCACGUCUUGGAUACCUGCCGGUCCAGACCAUUGAUCAGACGAGUGAAGAAUACACAUGCAGCCAAAUGUCCCUGCAGUCCCCUCAGAGAACACCGUGUGCGCAGCAGGUCAUGGAUAUAUGCGGGAUCAGGAACACACCAGACAGAUGACUUUUCAGGAAGAUGUGACAAGCAAGUACCCUGUCACUGCAUUUAUUUGACUACACAAUAAUGCUGGCACCCGACGACUUCAAGAAUCUUGAAUCUGUAAAUAUUAUUUACAGCAUUAGGAUAUAUCCAGCUCCAGAUUUGGCAUCCGGUGAUGUUUUCGGAUGUGACUUUGAGGUAAAGAUACACUGCAGAUCCUUCUGAAAAAAGCCGAAUAAACUCUAGACCUUUUCUUUUGUCUGUUUAGAUUCUGUGAUGAUGUCUGUGUUCAUGCUGCCUCUUUAUGUGCAUGAACUCUUAUUAUGAUGUCAAACAUCUCACCAAAACAUUUUGAUGUAUAUCCUAUUCCAGUGGGUUUAAUUUUUAUUUUAUUCAGUUUCAGUCUAGUAAUGCAUUUUGAAUUUAUUGAUUUAAUUUGUUAUAGUAAUGCAGACUUAAGUAUUAGUGACUAGGAUGUUACUCUGAAUGUGAUCCACAAUAAACACAAUGUGUCUUUUAAACCCUAUUCUACCUGUCCAGCUGACUGGAGCUUAGAUGUUGUGAUUUGUUUGCUUUUAGCAAGAGUCCGCUUACUAAUGUUUGUAUUUGACAGCACAACAUAACACAAUCACUGUGU